AUGGGGAAGAGAGAUGGAAGGAGUCCACCAGUGAGGAAGAGAAGAAGACACCAGCAAAUUACUGCUGGUGAUGUCGUGGCCAGUUGCCGACAGUUACCAGAUGCAUCGACGCUUGACUAUGAACGCAGACUCCAGAAGAUAGCAACUAUUGGUGUGGUGCAGCUAUUCAAUGCAAUCAGCCAACACUCUAAACAGGUCCAGACAAGCAAUUCAAAAUCACCUGCUGUGAACCGCAAGAGAAUUGCUGUCUCGCUUGACAUGAACGAUCUCAUGGCCAAAAUGAAAUAG